AUGCUUCGUAAUAACUUUGAACUUAUCGGUUCACAGCAUGAGUGUAUCUCCAUCCAUAUUGGCCAGGCUGGUGUCCAGAUUGGAAACGCUUGCUGGGAGCUCUACUGUUUAGAACAUGGUAUCCAACCUAAUGGAUUCAUGCCCAGGGAUUGGACGUAUGGAGCUGCAGAUAAUUCCUACAACGCGUUCUUUACCGAGACAGGAGGUGGAAAGCUGGUCCCUAGAGCUCUCUUCAUUGAUUUAGAACCUACUGUGAUUGAUGAGGUCCGCACUGGUACCUAUCGGCAGCUGUUCCACCCCGAGCAGCUCAUCACCGGCAAGGAAGAUGCUGCCAACAACUAUGCUCGUGGGCACUACACCAUUGGCAGAGAGAUAGUCGAUCUAGUUCUGGAUAGAAUACGCAAACUGGCUGACGAAUGCACAGGACUCCAGGGUUUCCUUGUGUUCCACAGCUUUGGUGGAGGGACUGGCUCUGGGUUCACUUCCCUGCUGAUGCAGUGCCUUUCUGUUGACUACGGAAAGAAGACAAAGUUUGAAUUCACCAUCUACCCAGCUCCCCAGAUCUCGACAGCAGUGGUGGAGCCCUACAACGCAAUCCUCACCACCCACACCACCCUGGAGCAUUCCGAUUGUUGCUUCAUAGCAGACAACGAAGCCUUGUACGAUAUCUGCCGCAGGAACUUGGACGUUGAGCGCCCAACAUACACCAACUUGAACCGGCUGCUUGCUCAGGUUGUCUCCUGUAUUACCUGCUCCCUUCGGUUUGAAGGAGCUCUGAAUGUCGAUCUCAUCGAAUUCCAGACUAACCUGGUCCCAUACCCACGCAUCCAUUUCCCAUUAGUUGCUUACGCCCCGGUCAUCUCGGCCGAGAAGGCUUACCACGAGCAAUUGUCUGUGGCACAACUCACCAAUGCUUGCUUUGAGCCGGCCAACCAGAUGGUCAAGUGUGACCCUCGCCAUGGCAAGUACAUGGCUUGUUGUCUGCUUUACCGAGGUGACGUGGUGCCGAAAGAUGUCAAUGCAUCGAUCGCUAACAUCAAGACCAAACGCAGCAUUAGGUUCGUUGACUGGUGCCCGACUGGGUUCAAGGUUGGCAUCAACUAUCAGCCUCCCACUGUGGUGCCCGGUGGGGACCUGGCCAAGGUGCUCCGUGCAGUGUGUAUGCUGAGCAAUAGUACAGCCAUCGCUGAGGCUUGGGCACGGCUUAACCACAAGUUUGACCUGAUGUACGCCAAGCGCGCCUUCGUGCACUGGUACGUGGGGGAGGGGAUGGAGGAGGGAGAGUUCUCCGAAGCCCGAGAUGACUUGGCAGCCUUGGAGAAGGAUUAUGAGGAGGUUGGCAAGGACACUUCUGAACUUGAUCGUGAAGAAUAUUAGAAGUGCGAACUCCUUCUCCCAAAGAUGAAGUAAACAUGUGUUAAUAAAAUGAUUAGGUUUACUUGUUUGUCUGACGUACCAUCAUGGCUUGUAACUAACCCAGAAAUUAUUGCUUUGAUACUAUUUAAAAUGAUGCUGGAUAAAC